UUGCAGCAAUGGGUGCCGAUGAACCACGAUUUCGUGUGCUGCAUGUUAGCAACAUCUCUAUGACAGCAACACGUGAACAGAUAUAUCAGCUUUUUGCUUUUAUUGGGCGAAUUGACGAAUUUAAGAUUUACCCCUCUGAUAAUCACCCACAGUUAUCGACAUUUACUCAGAAAUUUGCGUACGUUAAAUUUGAAGAUCAGAAGUCAGUAGAAGUGGCACAGCAUCUGACGAACACUGUCUUUAUCGACCGCGCCCUUGUUUGCAUCCCAUCUAUAUCAGAUACAAUACCGGAUGAAGACACAGCAUUGAAAACAGGUGGACCGGCGUGGCCAGGUCAGCGUCAGUUGCCACCGAAUGUUGUCAAUCAAAUCAAGGAUUUGGGAGACGGGCAGCAAAUGUUGCUUACAGUGGACCCAACAUUGGCGGCACUUGGUUUACCACCGUAUCCAACAUUGAGUGCGAAUACAGAAGCAUCAAAAGUAGAAGAAAUCCGUCGUACAAUAUAUGUCGGCAAUAUACCGAAGGAUUGUGGUGGUGAAGAAGUGAUGAAGUUUUUCAACGACAACAUUGGUGAAGUGAUGUAUCUUCGGAUGACAUCCGGCACUGAAAAUUUGCCAUGUGCGUAUGCAUACGUUGAGUUUACUAAUCAACCGACGGUCCCCAUUGCACUGCAAAAUAAUGGUAUCGAAUUUAAAGGUCGCUGUUUACGCAUACAGCAUUCGCGGGUUGCUAUAAUCAAACCGGAAAGAAAGACAGCAGACAUGGCAUUGCAGGAGGUGGAAGAAGCAAUUAGGGUCAAUCAAAAUCCAGAUAAAGCUGCUAAUGCCCUCAGAAUGGAUCGAAGUUACUCGCCUUUACGGCGAUCUGGGUCCCCCCGACGUCAUCGAAGUCGUAGUUCAAGCAGACGUCGACGCUCUCGAUCACGAUCAAAAUCGCGCCGUCGACAUCGCAGCAAAUCUAAAGAUCGACGCUCACGCAGCAGAUCACGCGAACGUCGUAGAUGUUCUCAUUCUCGCCAUCGAAGACUUUCACGUUCAAAAGAUAGGAAGGAGAAAGAUAAGGAGAAGGAUCGACGUGAUAAAGAGAAAGAAAAGGAGAAGAAAGAACGAAAACGAAGCAGAAGUCGCACACCGCACAAGAAGGAUGAUAGGCGUGAACGUGAUAAGGAUAAGGAUAAGAAGGAAAAGGAUCGUGAAAGCAGUAGUUGGAGAGAUAGGGAAAGAAAUAAUCGCAAUGAAAAAAAUGAUAAAAAAGAAGAGAAGGAUCAUGAUAAAGGAAAGAAAAACUCGCGCAAAGAGAAAGAACGUGAAAAAAGUAGUAGAAAAAGUGAAAACAAAAGCAAUUCGGUUAAAGCCGAGGUGAAGCUGCAGAUCGAACAUGGUGAGAGCAUGGAAGUAGACCAUUCAGAACAGGUAACUGCUUCAGAUGAAACGGCCAUGAGGGAAAGACUGAUGGAAAAAGUUUUGGCACGUAAUGGACCGAAAAAAGGCGAAAGCGCAGAUGUUGAAAUGGUGGACACUGAUAAACAGAAGACUGAACAAGAAUCGAAACGAAGCAGCAGCAUUGAUGGUGAGUCUCUUCGGAAGAAAUCUCGGAAACGCUCGAAAUCUUCCAGUUCAUCAUCUCAUUCUGAAUAAAACCAAUAUUUGUUUCUCUAUGUAUUACUUGUUCACCUUCAAUCAUAGUUGCAGUAAUUGCUGUUUUCCUCAGUCGUAAUUCUUUGCUUACACUUACCCAACAGUAGGAGAAUGUAACGAGGACUCGUAGUUCUACAAAACAAUCUUCCAUAGGUAGUGAAUUUUAUUGCCAAGUAAUUGUGGCAGGUCUCAAAGUUUUUUUUGUAUUGAAUUCACUGUGACCCAUAUUGAAAAUUGUCCACUAUUAGUAGGGCUAUAAAAAAAUGCAAGCAAAAUAAUAUGAGAAGUACAGAUUACAUCAGAAGUAUUUAAGGUAUUAACAGUAAUUCUUCCUCUAAAUACCUUAUAUCACUAUGAGUAAAUGAAAUAUUUUAAAUGAGACGAGAAUUUUAUCACCCCGUUUAAUGUACAAUGAAUCUCAAUACCUCACACUACAUCACUUUUCAUCAAACAAUAAUUUGGAUCAUAAUGAACUAGAAAUACAAAAAUGCAUGGUUUGCCUGUAAACGAUAUCGCAUGUGCUGUGGCUGUUAUUUUUACCUUUCUGAUCAUAAUCUAUAGCAGUUUAUAGCUGUUUCCGUUUUCAGUGGAUUUGUCAAGAAUUUACAAUACUUCCCAUUUACUGAAUAUUUAAAUGAUCUUCGGAAGCGUAUUUCGUCACACGCACACGCUUGUACGUGUGUGAGAUUUUAGAUGCUGUAAACAACUCACCGAGAGUAACUUGCUGCAUGAAGGCUGGCCAUUUCAAUUUAAGUUUGACACUAUCUUAGUUACCCAGUCUUUUUUUACGCAAUUUGCUUCUUUUGAUAAAUGAACUUCUACCCCGUCGCGAAAUUAUAUUGUUUCUGUUCGCAAGCAGUGUGGUUCAGUAAAUUUUGUGC